AGUCGACAGAUGAUAAUAAAUCUUAAAUAUGGCGAAUCAGUUCCUCCGAAAAAGGUGACACAGGGUGGAUCAAGUCCAUCUUAUACAUACGUAAGUGAUCUAUUUUCAUUGUAUUUGCAUGCUCAGGCUCCAUCGGCACAACGUAUUCGUUUAAUAUGCAAAUAUACUGGUACUUUGUUGUGGAUUUGUUUUUCAUGUACACACUGUUACGAGCCGGUCCUUACUAAUUUAUUUGGCCGCGCUUUUGGUUCUAUUUGCUCGCAACAAAGAUUGUGAAACCAAUUACUUUCAAUGAUAUAUUUAUUUUCUUACUUGUAGUCUUAUAUAUUACUCAAUAAUUAACGUCUCUAUAACUUUCCCUAAUAUAUAUAAUAUAUUUCUUAAUACUGUUCAAACAUCUCUUUUCACGACUGAGCACAACUCUUCAAUUCCUGACAAUUCAUGUAAGGCGCGGAGGCCUAUGAAUGAAUAUGUAUUAGAGUUGUGCUCUCCCUUAUAUACUGUUCCGAGAGGAACUUUUAAACUUGCAGUGUCAUUACUUGGGAAGAUUCUUACAAUCUUCUUGCGGUAACCGUUCCCGUCCAUUACGCACUUGUGGUGACCUAAAUAUUUGCUUGCUCAUGCGUGACCAAGCUAAAAGAACUUCCCACGUAAAACAAUUUCCCAUAGGUAAAUUAAUUCUUUAACUAACUUAGAGUAAUAUAAUAUAACCAAACUAUGAUAUAUAUGUGGUAAAAAGUAUUAAUGUAUAAUAUAUAAUGUAAAAUAUACAUGAUAAUAGCUAUCAUGUAACAACACGCUUGCCGAAAUUGCAAAAUUUUGAAAAUGCAACAAUAGCGUUUCAUGUAGUUCACCCACGUGUGUCGUUGCCAUUGGCACAUGUUAUUCAUAUAUUUAAUAUCGAAAGAAUAUUGAACUAGAUGUCGAAACUGAAAGAAAAACAUAUCACAAGCAGAAAUCUAUCUUGUGAAUGACUUUGCAAGUUGGAAAAAGCAUAGUUUUGAGAAAUUGAAUCAUUCAAUCCCUUCAAACUCGACACAGCUCGAGGCUUAGGUGUAAGCAAUUUUUGGAUCGCAUGUCAAAACAAAAGCAACUAUAAUAUAUAAUUCCUGCUCGUGCGCAGCUGUUAUGUGGAGAAUGUCACAUAUAUUGUAAAUGCGUCCUGUUGUAGACUAUGCAAAUCACCUUAGUCGUAUGUUUCCUCCAAAAAUAUAUUCAAGCUAUCGAAAACCACCCGGAUCUUACAGAAGUUAUAGUCUUUUGUAGAGUUUUUGGCUAAAAAGUCGUCUGUUAAUUAUGGUUUGCAUGGCAUGUGCGCAAAAUUCGAGAUCUAUGUGAACUUUUCGUUUGGAAAACGCAGACCCUUCCCAAGACGAAAUUUAAUUUUUGAACCCUGCUGUUCAAAAUUAAAUACCUAGGAAAUAUAACCUUAACGUAACCUUAUUUUUAUAUGGGCGAGCUGCAGAUGCUUACAUAACAAUAUAUCUAUGACGUCAUUACUUUCUAUUCUCGACGUAUUCUUGGAAAAAUUCGCUCAAAAAUUUGCCUAAUUUUUGGGCGUUUAUAACAUCUCGCUAGCCGUUUAGUAUUUUUAUAUCAAUGUUUGAAGCUCACUGUUUUAUCUUAUUUAUACACCUAGACACUGGCGAUAACGUCCCCUCUUCUUCGUCCUCACAAGGUUCAACCAAGUUCUGGAGGCUCAUCUGGUCUUAGUACGGGUAGUGUAAUUGUUAUAAUGUAAGUAGCUUCUAAUAUAUCGUAAUAUGAAUUGCAUAGCUAAUAAUGGUAAUAUUAAUCUUAAGCCCGCCGCACACGAGAGCAACUUGCUGAGCUAAGCGCCUCGCGUGGCAGCUGGCUCAGCUAUGUAUUUUCACCGCACAACACACAAGAGUAAACAACACCCUGACGCAGCCCCCUCCAUCUCCCCCCCCCUCCCGGUCCUAAUUUCUUUAUCUUGCACUUUCUCUGUCUUGGCGAUCAGCACAGAAAGAGCAGUUACAACCUGUAAACUAGGGUUUUAUGC